CGUCAACGCGACAAUCCGCAAUUCGCCCUCUCUCGCCCGAACAAAGUGUAGAGGCCUCCAAUCAUGGAACAAGGAAUUGAUUGCGUAUUCCUAAUCCGCCUCGGCUGGACUUGCGCCGAUGUCGCUAUGUCUUUGCGUAGUUUCUCGUUGAAGGCGCAACUGCAAUUCACUCACAUUUCCCCGCGGUGAGACCUCAAGAGAGUUUUCGCCUGCUCUCAGUCUCUCGUAUAUUGAAGAGGGAUUUAUAGUAGAUCUGUAGAGAGAUCUUUACACAUACUGUCUUUCAAGAUGCACAACCAGCAGACCGAGUCCGCUGGGCCGGGCGCCACCGAGCCGAACACACCCAAGAACUUCGUCAAGAAGUCCUCGAGCCUACCAUUCGGCCAGGAUCUCGCCCUCGAAUCGAUCAGCGGCCCCACGUACCUCACAGCCCAGACGCUCGUACAGCAGGUCGCAUACACGCUCUCGGACAAGAUCUUUGCGUACUCUGCCGAGUCGUUCGACUUGGAUGUGGCAGUCAAGUACUGGCAAGAGCAGGGCGAGAAGAAUGCUUUUGGAUACCAGACGGGUGUCUCGUCUCUGGAGACAAGAACGGGCGCUGGUGCCAUUGCGCUAGGGUACAUGUUCUCCAAAGACUUCGACCUGAAGAAGCGCCACAUCCCGCAGUCGAUUGUCGCCUCUUCGUCGACAUUGGACUACCUCCGCUCGACACUCGAUCAGCUAUCCGCUCUGUACUCAGUGGCCAACCCGCUCACUGCACACAUCGCCGCCGUCGAUUACUCGGCCAACUCGAAUGCGGGACUUGUGACCGACUAUGUCUCCUCUCUUACACUCGCCGAGGACCUUGGACUGGGUCUCGUCUGCAGCCCGUCUGUCUUCGAGACGCAGCACAUGUCGCUGUUCGCCACCCUGCUCUCGAGCAUCCUCCCCACCAUCCACACCUACGACGGCAUCAGCGUUGGACGCGAAACAGCUAGGCUGGUCGAUACACUAGACCAGACCAGACUAUACAAUAGCUACCAGGCUGUCCUGAAGGCUGUCUCGGACGUGGACAAGAAGCACUCGGACAAUGCUGGCCGUGUCGUUCGUCUGCUCCAAGCUUUCAACGACGAGUUCGGCGAGGACUACAAGCUCUUCGACUACUAUGGCCACGAGGAGCCUGAGAGCGUCCUUGUUGUCUUUGGUACUGUCGAGGCAUCGCUGACCGCCCAGGUCGCCAACGCCUUGUCCAAGGAUGGCGACAAGGUUGGUGUCAUCAACGUGCGCGUCUACCGCCCAUUCGUCGAGGAGGCUUUCCUCGAGGUGCUUCCCAAGAGCACUCAGCGCAUCGCUGUUCUUGGUCAGGUCAAGGACGAGACCGCCGUGUUGGACACUGCCGAGUACUCCAAGCUCUACUCGGAUGUCUUGGCGGCCAUCCAAUUCGCGUUCGAGAGAAACAUUGAGGUAUCCGACGUUAAGUACUCUCGCGAGCAAGUCUGGACCCCAAGCAACAUCUUGGACGUCUUCCGUCAGAUCUACAGCGAAAAGACACAGUCUGAGGUGCGCUCUUAUGUCGACAUCCUGAACACUGCGGAUGUCAAGCAGUACACUUUCUGGAAUCUUGAUGAGUCGCCGGCUGCCAAUGCCCCAGUUGUUGUUGGCAAGCUUCUUUCAUCCGACUCCUCGAAGAACGUCUUUGUCCGAAAUGGCCAUGACAACCUUGUUGGUGGAGGUGUCACUCGUACUGAUAUUCGUAACGCCGAUUACACCAUUGAGGCCCCCUACUCCGUUGAGCAGGCUGACAUCGCCUUCAUUGGCGAUCUGACAAUUCUGCAGCACUUCGACGUCCUCAACGGUGUCAAGUCCGACAGCUCUAUCAUCGUCAAACUUCCUGGAGUUAAGAAUGAGGACGUCGAGAACAAGCUGUCACCUGCUUUCCGCAAGGCUCUUGUCGAAAAGGACGUUCAACUUUUCGUGCUUGACCCUACCCUCUCGGAGGCUGUCGCUGAGGACUCUUCCCUCGAGACCUAUCUCACACAGUUGGCUUUCCUGAAGGUCGCUCGCGACGACCUCUUGGCCUCUGGCCUGUCCAAGCUGGCUGCUAUCAAUGGUAGCUCUGAGGUCUUCGAGAAGCUUACCCAGCAGCUGGAGUCCGCCCUUCGUGAGGUCGAGGUUCCUGCUGCUUGGAGCACUGUCGAGGAUGAUGUCGAGCCCAUUCAACUCCCGGCUGACAUCAACGUCAACAGCUUCGCGCCCUUUGACCGUAUUGAGCCUGAACCCCCGACACUCCUCAAGGACUGGACUAUCGCAGCCAAGGGUCUCGCCUUCAAGGAGGCCUUUGGUACGGAGACUCGUCUCCGCCCUGACUUGGGAAUUAAGACUGCUGUUGUUACUGUCAAGGAACACCGCCGUCUUACGCCGCUCACAUACGACCGCAACAUCUUCCACAUCGAGUUCGACCUUGGCAAUUCUGGUGUUACGUACGCCAUCGGCGAAGCCCUUGGUAUCCACGCCGAAAACGACAAGGAGCAAGUCGAAACCUUCAUCAAAUGGUACGGCCUCAACCCCGAUGAAGUUGUUGAAGUGCCAUCCCGCGAGGACCCCAACGUUUUGGUGAACCGCACUGUCUACCAAUCACUGCUUCAGAACGUCGACAUUUUCGGCCGCCCACCCAAGCGCUUUUACGAAGCCCUUGCCGAGUUCGCCGAUGAAGAGAAGGAAAGGCUGGAGCUUUUGCAGCUCCUUAGCGGUGAGGGUGCAACGGAAUUCAAGCGCCGCGCCGAGGUCGACACUAUCACCUACGCUGAUAUUCUCCUCGAGUUCCCGUCUGCACACCCUUCUUUCCACGACAUCGUCCGGAUCGUCAACCCUAUGAAGCGCCGCGAGUACUCCAUCGCCUCCUCCCAGAAUGUCACCCCCACUGCUGUCUCCCUGCUCAUCGUCACGGUGAACUGGGUCGACCCCAAGGGUCGUGACCGCUUCGGACAGGCUACACGUUACAUGGACGGCUUGAAGAUUGGCGAAACAGUCACCGUCUCAGUCAAACCAUCCGUUAUGAAACUUCCACCGAAGACCACCGCGCCUAUUAUCAUGGCCGGUCUCGGAACCGGUCUUGCACCCUUCCGUGCGUUUGUCCAGGAACGUGCCUACCAAAAGCAGCAAGGCCACGAGAUUGGCGAGGUGUUGCUGUACAUGGGCUCACGCCACCAGCGCGAAGAGUACCUCUUCGGUGAGGAGUGGGAAGCGUACCAAGACGCUGGCAUCAUCACGCUCUUGGGCCGCGCCUUCUCGCGUGACCAGCCGCAGAAGAUCUACAUCCAAGAUCGCAUGCGGGAGAGCUUGAGCGAUAUCCGCAAGGCGUACCUCGAAAAGGAAGGCAGCUUCUACCUAUGUGGCCCUACGUGGCCUGUUCCUGACGUCACGGAAGUUCUCCAGGAGGCUGUUGAAAUUGACCACAAGAUCAAGACCUUUGGCGACGAGAAGGCGAAGAAGGUUGAUUCCAGGAGGGCUAUUGAGACGCUGAAGGAUGAGGGGAGAUAUGUGCUUGAAGUCUAUUAGACGGAUAUGGGAAAAUGUCGAGGUAGUAGAUGGCUGGAUGGGAAAAAUAGAUCGUUCAAGGUUCAGUUUAGAUCAUGUCAGAAUUUUCACUCAGAGAUGGAGUCUCAACGCGUUCGUGAUGUUGGAUAUGCUGUUGCUCAGAGAUGCAAGAUAUGAGGUAGAGGAGUUGGUGAGGUAGGACUGUGAUGAGUAGGUAAACAGACCACGCUAGCGAGACGUCACACUUUGAC